CCCCUUCGGCUUUGGGAUUGGCCGAGGAGGCGCCUUCCGGCGACCCACUUCCGUCACGGGCUGCUCCUGGCCUGUACACCGCCGGGGUCGGUGAAGGAUCCCAAGAUGGCUGGGCGAAAAGUUGCUCUAAAAGCCAUUGACUGGGUAGCUUUUGGGGAGAUCAUACCCCAAAACCAAAAGGCCAUCGCUAACUACCUGAAAUCUUAUAGUGAGACCCUCAGCUCCAGGUUGGCUGCUCUACCUGAGAAGCCACCAGCUAUUGACUGGGCUUACUACAAGGCUAAUGUGGCCAAGGUGGGCUUGGUGGAUGACUUUGAAAAGAAGUUUAAUGCCCUGAAAGUUCCCGUGCCAGAGGAUAAAUAUACUGUCCAUGUGGAUGCCGAGGAAAAAGAAGAUGUGAAAAGCUGUGCUGAGUUUGUGUCCCUCUCGAAGGCCAGGAUUCAGGAAUAUGAGAAAGAGCUGGAGAAGAUGAAGAACAUAAUUCCGUUUGAGUUGAUGACCGUUGAGGACUUGAAUGAAGCCUUCCCAGAAACCAAGUUGGACAAGCAGAAGUAUCCCUAUUGGCCUCACCAGCCAAUUGAGAAUGUACAAUAUUGAGUCUGGGAGGAAGCUCUGGCCCUUAUAUUACAAACUGUGGACAUUAAAAAGAAAAACAAUUA